UCUCCUAUGUUGGAAAACAGAAAUAUCAUUGUUGACAACGAAAACUAUCUAUCCAAUUUAUCCAUCAAAAUUUCUCUUUUCCAACACUUUGUGAAUAAAAUGUGAUAUAUUCAGGACUUGGUCUAUUCCAGUGAAAAUGUCUACACAGGUAGAAAAUACUGGCGUUAAUCACGCCGUUGAAAGGCUGCUAGAACUCGCUGACCGAAUGAGAGAUGUUGAUUUCGGAUUUAACGACAAAGAUAUUAACAACAUAGAUAAGAUUAUAGAAUCCAUUCAUGAAUUGGAUGAAGCUAGAAGAAAAAUGCAUGAAAGGCUAGAAACUAAGACCAUACAUGCAAGUAUUUUACGUCACAAACUGCAAUUCCUACCAGCUCAGAUUCGUGAUGAAAUUAAAGCUGCUGUUUCAUCAGCGAGACAGUCAAAUGCUUCAGCACAGAAUGAAAUGCAAGAAAAAUUAGAAUUGAUACAAAAAAAUAUGUCAGAUCUGGAAGAUCAGCAGCAUGUGUUGGACAAAGAAAAUGCAAAACUGCAUCCUGAAAGAGAACUGAUUCGACAAAAACAUGAAGAGAUUAUUUCACAGUUGAAUGAGAGGAUGGCAGAGAAAGCUAACAUGCAGAUUAUUCUGAAUGAAACAAGAGAUAAAGUUCGACAGACCAACCAAAGUAUUGUGGACCUUGAGGAUGGAAUCCUUCAAUUAAAGGAAGACUUGAUUCAGGAGAGGACUGAGGCCAGACAGGAGAAAAAGAAACUCAAAAGAGCAGUGACGGACACAUCAGACAUGACUAAGGAACAGAAACAGAUAAAUGUCGAUAAGAAAAAGGAAUUAGAUGUAAUUCAUGAGAAAAUGAUGGAGAGUGAUGGCAAACUUGAUGCAUUGAGGACAAGUUUACGGAGAUAUGAAACUUCUAAAGCAAAGCUGGAAGGUCAAGAAAGACAGCUUAAUGCACAGUUAUCCAAGCAACUCAAACUCAACGAAGAACUUAGAAGGAAAGGAACUGCCAUUAUCAAUGAAGACAUGAAAUUGCAGAAAGAAUUUGAAGACAGUGAAAAACAGUUAUUAAAGAAACUUAAAAGGCUGGAGACUGAAACAGAAAAAGAAAAUGACAAGAAUGCUGAACUGGAGGGAAGAAAGCUAGAGCUGAGAAUCGAUCUGGAAGAGAAGCAGAGAGUGCGAGAAGAUGAUGCCUUCAGAGUGAGGGAAUAUGAUGAAGAGCUUCAGGCAGAGAAGAGGGCCUUGGCUUUGAAGGCAGAGGAAAUGGGACGAAUGCAGUCAGAAAACGUAGAAAUGGCAGAUCAGAUUGAGUCCCUUGCAGAAUCUCACAAAGCUGUGCUGGCACAAUUAAAUAAACAGAUUGAAGGGUUUCGAGAGCAAUUGUCAAAGGAAAGGAAAGAAAGUUCUGAAGAAAACUCGAGAGCAAGUUCAAACAUGAGUCGCCCUACGGACUCAGACUCCCAGAGUAUGAUUGAGUUCAAUCCCCGGCCACCGAGUCAGAGACAUAGCUUGUUCAAGAAGAAGGCGCCCAUGUCAGCUAGCUCCACGGCCUCAUCUGAGACCCCCACCGACAGACAGUCAUCCCCACCUGAGACCCCAGACCCUGAGGGGUUAGAAGUUCAGGAAAGAAAGAAUUCUGUGCAGAAAGAUGUUGAAGACUACAAACUUGAAACCCAGAGAUUUUUGAAUGAAAUGAAUCAGAAAAUUCGAGAGGGAAAAGCCGAACACAUGCAGCUCACCAAUGAGGGGACAUCACUCCAGAAAGAACUGAAAGAAGAAGAGGAGGUAAUCAAGGAAUUAGACACAAACCUCAAACAAGCUCAGACCAGAUACACAAAGAUGUACGAAACGAUGCAGGAGAAAGUGAACAAGACAGAGAAUGAAAUCAACACCAUGGAGACACAGAUAGAAGAAAAGAAAAAGUUGAUAGAGGAGAGAACACCAUUGUUUGAGGAACUAGAGAGAGUGUUUGAAGAGAGAACUAAUGCUUAUAAUGCAACCAAAAGAAACAUAGCUAUCAUGAGGCAGAAGAAAUCUGGUCUUGAAGAAAGCAUCAGGAAAACAAAGGAUGAGAAGGCAAAAAUGGACAUUCCAAAGAAACAAGUAAAGGAAGAUCUGAAACGUAAAAGAGAAGAGACGAUGUUCCAGCUGAAGCGACAAGGAGACGAUCGUCAGAAGGUAGAGCAGGAAAUCUACGUGGCGGGUUGUAAACUACGAACCAUCAUGGAGGAAAAUCAGAAACUAGAGGAAGGUUGUCAAAAACUGGCAGAAGAGAUAGAGGAACUGAGAAAACAGAUGGAAGAGAAUGCAGGGUUAAAGGUCAAGCUGGAUGAUGAACUGGAGGAAGUGAAAGCUGGGCUCAUCAGAAGCUGGCAGAAUGAUGAAGAACUCAAUAAUCUUUUCACACACAAAGACCAGAUAGUUGUGGACCAGUUUUCUGAACUUCUUCACCAGACAGAGGAAAGAGAGGUUAGAAUCAACAAGAUAACCAAUCGUCUGAACGAGGAACUCAUGUAUCUGUCCAAGUUCCUGGAAAACCUGGCAACUCGACGUCCACAACACACACCACCACCAAGCCGAAAAUCAGGAAGUCGUGCGUCCAGUAGGCGGACAGAAGAUGGGCGUGCCAGCCGAAUCAGCCAAUCAGCUCUUCACAGUAAACUCCAGGACGUAGAUAAUACUAGUGCGGCACCAAGUCGGCUUAGUACCAGACCUCCAACUAGAGCCGACACUAAAAUGUCUAAGACUGUAACCAUUAUAGAUGAACCUGAAGUACAGGACUUGGAGCGUUGAUAUUAGCUAUAAUAGUGUUGCUUUUAACAAGGAAAAGUUUACAUGAACUCUGUGAUAUUUGGAUGUUUGAUUGAUAACAUUUUCACACAUAUAUUGUUAUUAUUUUGAAAGUUUUUCAAAACAAUUAAAUUUUUCAAUAACAAAA